AUGUACAUCGAUUUGAUCAGUGCAAAUGUAAAUGAUUAUAAUGCCAUAUUGUUGGAAAAUGACAUUCGCUUUGUUGAAGAGAGUAACGAUCCAAUGAUUGACACAGAACAAGCUAAAAUCUCUUACAAGAAGAGAAAGGAUGCAAUUGAAGCAGAAUGUAGAGAAAUAAGAAGAUGUCAAGUUGAGGAAUUGAAAUCAAUGCGUGAGAAUGCUUAUAUUAUGAUUAAUGAUCUGAUGAUUGCGGAAAACGACAUAGGAAACUAUGUUAAAAUUGGUAAGUGUACAAAAAGAAAUGUGCUGAGCUGA